AUGUCUGGUGUUGGAGGAUGGAGGGAAAGCAGCAGAUACAGGAUGGCUGCUGCCUCCAGUACCCCAUUAUCCUCUCAGGGUUAUCUCUGGGGUGGCAACAAUAAAACAAAAGAAGCUGAAAACCCUCAGAAGUGGAAAACAUCUGAAGAGGAGCAUAGGAGCCAAGCAUCAGUCUACCAACACCAGCAAGAGCAGCAUGUCAGCCCAUAUGUCUUGAUAAUGCCAAAAGAAACCAGAUGAAACCAGUUGCAGCAAAUUGCUAAGAAAGAGCUAGACGACCUGGAGCAGUGGAAGGAAGAACACAGGCCAGGGCCAAUUAAGUUGGUUCCACAGAGACUGGGUGGAAAGGAAUCAGAAGCUUAAGCAAGGCAAAAACGGCAAAUGAUGCUCAUGCAAUCUAAAUACCAGCAAAAGCACAAGAGAGAAGAAUACAUGAAAGCAAAAAAGGGAGCUGAAGAAGCUGAAAUCCUAAAAAAGUAAGCAAUUCAGAGAGCAAAAGCAGAGAGACUUGAAGAAAAAAGGCAACAAGAAAUGUAAAGAACAGAGAUGUUCCUUGAAGAUCAAUAUUACAAAACCAAUGAAUUAUUGAACAGAUUGGACUUGGGUUUGCCAAAGAGUGAUUCCUGUCAGAUUGCUAAUCGUGGCCCAGAAUCUACAGCAUGGACUAGGAACCAUACUUACAAGCAAGCUCUUCAAGAGGAUGAAAACAGAAGAUUAGAGGAAAUGAAGCAAGAAAACGGAGUAAG